AUGCACCCUGGUGACGAGGAGAAAACGGCCUUCAUGACCAGCGUAGCGUUAUUCUGCUACAAGUAUAUGCCAUUCGGAUUGAAGAAUGCGGGAGCAACGUAUCAACGCCUGGUCAAUCGGAUGUUUGCAAGCCUGCUGGGCCAAACAAUGGAAGUCUACAUCGAUGACAUGAAAGUUCCUAGGUUACAUGGUUACCCAGCGGGGAAUAGAGGCAAACCCGGCUCAAAUCGAGUCGAUCCAGAGGAUCCCUUCCCCCACCUGCCCGUCAGCGCCGUGUUGGUCAGAGAGGAAGAGGGAAAGCAGUCACCAAUCUACUACGUGAGCAAGUCACUACUCGACGUAGAGACACGAUACAGCCAGUUAGAAAAGCUGGCCCUCGCACUGGUCCACGCGGCAAGGAAGUUGCGACCAUAUUUCCAGUGUCAUCCGAUUGUAGUCACCACCACGUAUCCUUUAAAGGCCAUACUCCAUAAGCCGAAACUAUCCGGUCGAUUGACAAAGUGGGCAGUGGAGUUGAGUGAAUACGACAUCACAUAUAAACCACGGACCGCACUCAAAUCUCAGGUAUUAGCCGAUUUUGUUGUUGACUUUGCACCUAACCUUACUAUACAGGCCGACAAAGAGUUAUGCUGUCUGACGGAGGAACCAGACCAAACUGGAACGUGGAAACUAUAUGUUGAUGGGUCCAGCAACGUACGAGGGAGCGGACUUGGAAUCGUGCUCUCAUCACCACGAGGAGACAACAUUGAGCGGUCAAUCCGAUGUGAUUUCAAAACAACCAACAAUGAGGCUGAAUAUGAAGCCAUGAUAGCUAUACUCGGAUUAGCUAAAGAAAUCAGGGUAAAACGCAUUAACGUAUUUAGUGAUUCUCAACUCGUAGUUAACCAGAUGCAGGGUACAUUUCAAGCCAAAGAUGCGAAAAUGACGGCUUACCUGGGCAAGACGAAAGAACUCCAAUCGUGCUUUGAAGAAUUUACCAUCAAUCAAGUGCCGAGGGUGGAAAAUGGCCACGCUGAUGCCUUGACCAACCUAGGGUCAGCAAUACAGACUGCACAACCUAAGACCAUAACUAUCACUUGCCUUCAAUAUCCAUCAAUACAAAGAGAUGAGGCCGAGGAACACGUGACUGCAGUAUCAGUCGGACAAACAUGGAUGACCCCAAUAAUGGAAUAUCUCGAAAUAGAUAUACUCCCAGAUGAUCGGAAUGACGCACGUCGAAUUAAAGCUCAGGCCGCGCGGUUCUGCAUCAUCCGAGGAGAAUAUGGAAACCACUCGGGAGACAGAAGCCUCGCACACCGCGCUUUAACCAAUGGUUACUACUGGCCCACAAUGAAAGCAGAUGCAGCUGAUUACGCCAAAAAAUGCGAUAAGUGCCAACGAUUCGCCCAAAUAUCACACCUGCCCCCGGAGCCCCUGACCGCCAUCACUUCACCAUGGCCAUUCAUGAAAUGGGGGAUGGAUAUUGUAAGCAAACUGCCCACUGCACCCGGGCAGAAGGUAUACAUGUUGGCAGUGACCGAUUAUUUCAGCAAAUGGAUAGAAGCAGAGUCUUUCCACCAAGUUCGUGACAAAGAAGUCAAGGGGUUUUGGAACAUCAAACUAAGCUUCUCAACGCCAAGGUACCCCCAAGCCAACGGGCAAGCGGAAUCUUCCAACAAAACCAUCAUGAACACCUUGAAGAAACGACUAGAGAAGGCCAAAGGCAAAUGGGCAGAUGAGUUACCAGGCGUGCUAUGGUCCUACCGAACAACUACAAGAGCAUCAACAGGGGAAACACCAUUCUCCCUCGCCUAUGGAAUGGAGGCAGUAAUCCCAACAGAAGGCGAAGUACCCACUGCCAGACAUGAGCUCACGACAAAUAACGGGAAUCAAAAGGCCAUGUGCCACGAGUUAGAUCUCCUCGAUGAGAAACGAAACAAAGCAAAUAUCCGACUAGCUUCCUACCAACAAAGCAUCGCCAGACAUUACAACAAACACAUCCGCACCCGCACAUUUAAGCUGGGCGAUUGGGUGCUGCGAAAAGUGUUCCAGAACACCAAGGAAACAAGUGCGGGUAAAUUAGCCCCGAAUUGGGAAGGACCAUAUCUGAUCACCAAAGUGGUUGGACGUGGAGCAUACAAGUUGCAAUCGACAGACGGACGUGAAAUCAACAACAGUUGGAACGCCCUACAUCUCAAGCAGUACCACGCUUGA